AGCAUGCCUUUGUUUGUGUUCAAAUGCAUGCUGCUUUGUGUGUUGACGAGUGGAACAGUGUGUGCCUGUAUGCUGAAGAAUCAUACCAUAUGGAUUGAGAGGCACGACUGUGCCCAGUGUGUGGCUAUCAACACCACCAUCUGCAGUGGCUACUGUUACACACAGGACACCAAUUUGAAAGGACGGUUUGGAAGGACUUUCCUGAUCCAGCGUAGCUGUGUGCCUCUCUCCCUGGUGUACCAAGCUGUUCAUUUUCCAGGCUGUCCUCAGAAUGUCAACCCACAGCUGUAUUUUCCUGUGGCCCUCUGUUGUAGCUGUAGACGCUGUGACUCACGCACACACCACUGUGUCCGCUCCAGCCAAAUCCCUCAUGACCGGUGCACUAUGGCACUUGGAAGUUUGAAGAAUGAGAACCAGCCCGCUUUCGAAACCUGAACCAGAAUACUGAUACCAGCAAUUCACGUGUAUAGCAAAUGAUGCAGCUGCUACCGUGGACCAGGUCCAUGUUACCAUGGACCAGCAGUGUUUGUGGUGCACCUCAGCUCCUCAGCUGUUCAUGUUUAUGUUUUCUCUAGUUUGUUA